AACAGUCGACGAGCCAGCCUCCAGGAGGCACGUUCGCGCGAACCUCGGAGUCGUGCUCCUCAAAGCCACGACGUGUCCCAUCAAGACUCGUGAUUCAAGACUGCUCCUCCUCCUCCUUCACCUUGACCUCGCCUAGCUGGGCGUCACACCUGGUUCGAUAACGUACGCAACAACGAAAAGGGAUUCCUUGCAGUUGCAUAGAUUCUCCGUGUCCCGUUCAUCCUCUCGUUACUCGGACCUGCGGCUGGAGCGGCGUCGGCGAGCCACGAAUGGCGCGAAAACGGUAUCGAUGAAUGGAGCAACCGAUAUCGUGCAUGGGUGGUACAAUGAGAGCUCGUGCGAUCAUUGAGAAUUAGACGAGAGAGAGAGAGAGAGAGGGGAGAGGAGAGAGAGAGAGAGGGUCUAGCCUCUAUUCAGUGGUUCCCAUAAUCGCGGCUCAGUAGAAGGGCAAGAAUGUCGCUCGUCGUCAUCCUGAAGAACAUUCAGGGUCUUAAGUGCAAGGGCGAGAAAGUCGCGAAGAUCGACUUUCGAGAAGUAUCACAUUAUUCGUCGGUACUCGAGGAUAGCGGGGAUGUCAUUGAGGUCGAGCAGAGUUUCACGUGGAACUUAGGAAGACCGGUGGACGAGGCGGAAGUGCUGCAACUAGCAAUUGUAUCGCGCGGUGUCUUGAGAUACGAAAAAGUUGCGGCAAGAUAUGGACUGGUGUUGCAGACGGUGGUGCGCGAAGGGAGGAUUCUGGUCUCGGAUUCGCUAGUCGACCUCAAUAACAAGCCGCUUCCGGCAGUGGUGUGCUUCGAAAUUCGAUACAAUCCUCCAGACGGAAGUUGCAGCUCGUACGCGGUCUCGGAAAUAAUGGAGGACGAGCAACAAAUGUUGAUCGACAUCGAGCAGAAUAUCGCGAAUCUCGAGAGAAGCCUCGAGCAGGCCAACAGCAGUUCAACCAGCGGAAAAAGAAGAGGAUCAUGGCAUACUCCCGAAAAAACAUCAAAAAAAGGCUUCUUGCCAAGGGGUACUUCUCUAUCGACCAGCGAAAAAUCACCUGACACUCGAAAGCGAAGCACCGCUUUGAGAAGCGUACGAUCCCUGCUGAAAUUGGGAAAACAGAGACCGCCACGUACUCGGUCCUGCGACAGCGGCUCGGAAACGAGAGAACUCCUCGACAGACAGGAUUCCAGCUGUCCGACAUCGAACGAGCCUUCGCGAACAAACUCUAUGACGUCCCUCGAAACGAAUGCUUCCGAUAACGACAGUCAAUUAAGCGCCAAACCUGCGCAAGAGGAGACUGUUGCAAAGCCGGCCAAGAGAUCUAAGCCUAAGACGAGCGAUACCUGGCAAAGUGCGUUAAAAGCCCAAGAUUAUCAAGUGUGCGUUACGAUCAUAGAAGCGCGGCAGCUCGCCGGUCUCAACAUGGAUCCAGUCGUCUGCGUGCAGAUCGGAGAUCAACGCAAAUAUACGAGCGUCAAGGAGUCCACGAAUUGCCCAUAUUACAACGAAUACUUUGUCUUCGAUUUCCACAUGCCGCCUGUUAUGCUGUUCGAUAAAAUUAUUACGCUGUCGGUGCAGCAAUCGCGGAAUCUCUUGCGCGCUAAUCUAACGCUGGGCAGCUUUAAAUUAGACAUCGCGACGGUAUGGGCACAACCAGAUCAUCAAUUCUACCACAAAUGGGCCCUGCUCACCGACCCGGAUGACGUUGCCGGUGGACCCAAGGGCUACCUAAAAUGUGAUAUAAGUGUUAUUGGCAAGGGCGACACCGUGAAGAUCCCUCCGAAAAGUGAAAAGGACGAGGACGACAUCGAGGGAAAUCUUUUAUUGCCGGACGGUGUGCCGAUCGAGAGACAACGCGCGAGAUUCGUGGUGAAGGUCUACAGAGCUGACGGCUUGCCAAAAAUGAACAGCAGCAUUAUGGCGAACGUGAAGAAGGCUUUCACGGGGGAAGUGAAGGAUUUGGUGGAUCCAUACGUUCAAGUGUCCUUCGCCGGGCUCAGCGGGAAAACAAGUGUGAAGAGGCAUAGCUACGCUCCAGUAUGGAAUGAACAGAUAGUUUUUACCGAGAUGUUUCCUCCCCUCUGUCAGAGGAUAAAGAUACAAUUGUGCGAUAACGAUCCGGUGCACGCCACCGUCAUCGGUACACACUUUGUCGAUUUAAAGCAGAUCAGCAACGACGGCGAAAAGGGUUUCUUGCCGACCUUUGGUCCGGCGUUUAUCCACUUUUAUGGCAGCAUCAGAGAUUACAGUCUCAUAGACGAGCAUUCGACGUUGAACACCGGCUUGGGCGAGGGAAUUUCAUAUAGAGCGAGAUUAUUGAUAGCGAUACGAACUGAGAUCACCGAUAACGUAGAAAUGGCACCUUCGGAAGUCGAAGUGGAACCGACAGUGCCUGUCAACGAAACCGCCUACGCGAGGAACGAGGAGUUCUUUCUGUACGCCACAAUCAUGGACGCCACGAUGAUUGACAAGAAGCUCGGCGAUAAGCCGAUGUACUUCGAAAUAUCUAUUGGAAAUGCAGGCAACGCUCUCGACGGUCACAAUGAAAGUUUCAAGAUGUACGAGACAGGAUCAAAGAGUGGAACAAGUGGGGAAGAGGAAGACCUGCAGGAAGUCUUGGCUGGAUCCUGGCAAAGCACCACACCAGCCAGUAAACCAAUGACGCACGAUAAGAUUUAUUAUUUCUUACCGUACUGGGACGACAAGCCGUGCCUUCAUGUAAGAAGCAUAUGGCCGGAUUACAGGCGUCGAAUGUACAACAGUAACAUUAUCGGCAAGAUCGUUGACAAACUGGAGGAAGGACUGUCGGAAGUACAAUCGCACUUGGAAGACUCAACGUGCGAAAAGCUUUUAAAAUCUACUCUCGAGGAACUGAGCGCUAAUUGUAACCGGUAUGUUAGUAUUAGCAAGUCUAGCGUGACCGGUCCGGGCGUCGGAAAAACGAAACUGGACAAGGAGCGUGCGAAACUGUGCCAGCGGGAAGUGGAGAAUAUCGGGAUUUUGUCGCGCAACCUUAAGGCCGUCGUGACUAAAAGCAGCUUCAAGGAAAGACUGAAGACAGCCCACAGCUAUUUGCAGAAAUUAAAGUUUCUUGUCGAAGAUCCGCAAGACUCUUUGCCGGACGUGUUCAUCUGGGUGAUCAGCUCCGGAAGACGAGUGGCGUACCAGAGAAUACCGGGUCGCGAACUGAUUUACUCGGUGGUCGACGAGGAAUGCGGCCGACAUUGCGCCAAGGUGCAGACUAUGUUCCUCAAACUUCCAGGCAAAAAGAGAUUCGGACCCUCGGGCUGGGCGAUCCAAACGAAAUUGCAGAUCUACAUGUGGCUAGGGAUACUGAAGCACAAGAAGUACUUCAUCCAAGGUUUACCGAAAGGAUACGAGGUCAGCCACGAGUUGAGGAACGUGGACAGACCUCGCGCUUUGCCGCCCACUGUAAUUCACUAUGUCCAGAAGCACAAAUUUCAAUUGAGGGCCCACAUGUACCAAGCGAGGUCGCUGAUCGGCAGUGAUGCGUCUGGCCUCUCGGACCCAUUUGCGAGGGUGAUCUGCGGUGAGUUUUGCAAGUGCACUCAGGUGAUCGACGAAACCCUCAGUCCAACGUGGGACGAGUUGCUGCUGUUCGAUGACAUCUUAAUCUACGGCACCGCCGAGGAGAUCAAGAAGGAACCACCCUCCAUCGUCAUCGAGUUAUUUGAUCAGGAUAAAGUGAGUCAUAUUGUAGCUAUGGACAUAACACUGCAUGAGGGCUCUGCUUUGACAGGAAAAUCGGAGUACAUCGGUCGGGCGAUUGCGCGACCUCACGUCAAACUCGCCUCCGAGUCUUACACUCCUCCACAAUAUCCACCGUCCUUAGAAUGGUACGAUGUUACAAGAGGAGCUUCGAGAGCUGGCGAGCUUCUGGCAGUCUUCGAAUUGUUGGAAUAUCCCUCUACCAAGGAUUAUGGAUUUCCUACUUUGCCAGAUCCCAAAGAUUCCAGCUGCGGAUCUCAGGCUCCGGGUUCCGGACAGGAUCAAGGCCCGAUUCUGCCUGUACCCGUGGGAAUUCGACCUACUUUAUCGAAAUACCGAAUCGAGGUGCUCUUUUGGGGUUUGCGGGAUCUGAAGAGAAUUCAUCUCCUAACUGUCGACAAGCCCCGCGUGGACGUUGAAUGCGCCGGUCACAUUCUCUAUUCGUCUGUCAUAGCAAACGCAAAGAAAAACCCGAAUUUCAACACGCCGAUCAAAUUUCUAGAAUUGGAGCUUCCUGAACAGGAGCUUUAUCGCCCGCCAUUGACCAUAAGAGCAGUGGACUGUCGGAGUUUUGGUAGAUACACCCUCGUCGGUACUCACACCAUCAAUUCAAUUCACAAGUACAUGUACUACCCUUUAACUAAAAGGGCGAAAGACGCUCAAGAGAGGAAGAAGAGUUUGUAUCAGUUACAGUGCACAGCUCUCGAUCCAUCUAAAUCGAAAUUCCAACAAACGUCAUUACUCGAAUCGAUGACUGAUUUGGAAGCUAACAAUGGUGAUACCAUUAUCACUCUUGGAUUCGAGUUGGGAUGUGGUCCUACGAAGAAAGAUAAAACGGAACAAAACUUACGUAGGAAGCAGAGCUUAGCUAAUGACAACAAUAUAGGCGAUUUAGGCGCGUUAGAGGACGGAGAUGGCUGCCAGGACUGGUGGACAAAGUACUUUGCCUCUGUAGAAGCGAUGAUUGAGGAGAACAAAGAACUGCGCAAGGAAAAAUCCAUAUUCCAAAACCAGCCAAACGGAACGCUACCAAUGCUCCUAGACGAAGCUGUUACGCAAAGUCAGUUGACCGCCUCGGGCGACAAGAAUCCCGGAACUAAUCCUACAAAGAGGCUGUUUGGUUUGAAGUCACCGACAAACGCGGUGAAGUUCGUCUCGAGGCUCAGCCCGAAGCACACCCAACACAAGUAUAACAAGGCUGCUCUACUGAAGGUGUAUCCCGGAGAGUUGGAGGCGCAACCCGAGUUCGAGCAAUUCAAGGAAUGGUUGCACACUUUCGAGCUGUAUCGAGGCAAGAAGACCGGCGACGAGACCGAGGACGAGUCAAGGAUCGUCGGCAGCUUCAAGGGCGCAUUGAAGGUCUACAAGUGGCCGCUGCCCAAGGAUCUGCUGGAUCACACCGUGAUGGGUUUCGAUCCGCAAUACGGAUUCUUCCAGGGUGUCCCGUCGAACGAGCCUAUUCACGUUCUGGUACGGGUGUACAUCGUCAAAGCUAACGACCUUCAUCCCUGCGAUCUUAAUGGGAAAGCAGAUCCCUAUGUGGUCUUACAAUUGGGAAGCAAGAGGAUUAGUGAUAAAGAGCAUUAUGUGUCGAAACAACUGAAUCCCGUCUUCGGAAAAUGUUUCGAGAUUGAGGCAACAUUUCCGCAGGAUUCUCUGCUUACCGUACAAGUCCUAGAUUGGGACUUGGUCGGAACAGACGAUAUGAUCGGCGAGACCAAGAUCGAUCUGGAAAAUCGCUUCUACAGCAGACACCGAGCUACGUGCGGAUUCGCGAAGAAAUACGACGAAUCUGGAUAUAAUACAUGGAGAGAUGCGAUGAAACCGACUCAGAUACUCUCGAAGCUAUGCAAAGAUGGUAAAAUCGAUGGGCCAGUGUAUUCUCACGGACGCGUUACAAUCGGCAGAAAAACCUUCUCCCUCUCGAACGAGGAGAUGGAAUAUUAUGUGCAUACGAAGGGAAUGGAAGAACAUCUCGCCUUAGCCGUUCUUCACCAAUGGAACGCCUUUCCUCGAAUAGGCUGUGCCCUGGUACCCGAACACGUGGAGACCCGACCGCUCUAUAAUCCUGAGAAACCCGGAAUCGAGCAGGGUAAAUUGGAAAUGUGGGUGGACAUGUUUCCAAUGGACAUGCCCUCGCCCGGACCGUCCAUCGAUAUUUCACCGAGAAAGCCCAAGAGUUAUGAAUUGAGAGUUAUCAUAUGGAAUACAGACGACGUCGUCCUGGAAGACGACGCUUUCUUCACCGGCGAAAAGAUGAGCGACAUUUAUGUAAAAGGAUGGCUAAAGGGACCGGAGGACUGUCAGUCCACCGAUAUUCAUUAUCGGUCAUUGACCGGCGAAGGAAACUUUAACUGGCGCUUCAUAUUUCCAUUCGAUUAUCUAGUAGCGGAAGAGAAGAUCGUUAUCAAUCGUAAAGAAAGCUUAUUUAGCUGGGACGAGACCGAAUGUAAAAUACCAGCACGCCUAGAAUUGCAGGUCUGGGAUGCAGAUCAUUUCUCCGCAGAUGAUUUCUUGGGCGCGAUAACUCUCGAUCUCAAUCGAUUUCCCCGAGGAGCGAAAAAUAGUAAGCUCUGCUCAUUAGGCAUGUUAAAGACGGACGGCUCCGUGCCAAUGGUUAACAUCUUCAAGCAGAAACGUAUAAAAGCAUGGUGGCCGUUUUACGUGAAGAAAGAGAAUGAAGACAUGGAGCUAACGGGCAAGGUCGAAGCUGAGAUACAUUUGCUCACGAAAGAGGAGGCCGAGAAAAAUCCUGCUGGUUUUUGUAGAAACGAACCCGAUCCACUGGACAAGCCAAAUCGACCAGAUGCAUCUUUCAUGUGGUUUCUCAAUCCACUGAAGUCCAUCAAGUACAUAGUUUGGCAUAAUUAUAAAUGGGCUAUUCUGAAAGCUAUAAUUGCGAUCGGAUUGAUCAUACUUUUGCUCUUAUUCUUUUAUGCAAUACCAGGUUACUCCGUAAAGAAGAUCUUGGGAGCUUAAAAUGCUGUUCGUCGCAAUGUAUAAUUGUUGUUUUAGAAAACAGUUUGACAAUUUAAAUAUAUAAUCGUAAUGCUACAUUGUUACGUUACAAAAUCGUACAAAAUCGACGUAAAUUAGCAUUUUACUGAAUUAAUUUAUCUAAUUUGUCCAUAAUAUAUUGGCUUAUAAAGAUUAGAAUUUUUUUAUAGUGACAAAAUAGAAAUUAGUCCGUAAAUGGAUCUCAGUAGAAUUAAAGAAUAUAUACAAGGUGUUUCUGAGCAACUUAUAUAAAAAGCAUAAUUGAGAAAUACCUUGUAUAAAAGUACCAAAGCAAAUGAAAUAUUUUUCGAGGAAACAGAAGUCGUUUAUCUUGCACAAUUUCGUAUUGAUUAGACGAAUGUUAGGGCACUAGAGAUUGUUUCUUACGUACAGAUAUUAUCAUAGAUGAUUUUUUAUGAAAUGCUUUGUCCCUGAAAUAAUCUUAAUAAUAUAGCUUUCUUUUAUAAUUAUGCAAUCAGUUUAUAGUGGACCAAAGUAACAAAGUAACCAAAAUAAUUGCAAUUGUAAAUAACUCAUGCACGCAGUGACCUUAAAAAAUUAUGAAAAUGAGAAAAAUAUUAGCAACAGAGUAGUGGCUUGUGUACAAAGUAAUCUAUUUUCACUCGUAAAAUAUUCUGUGUCAUAGUGACAAUUGUGUUUCGCGGGCGAACACACAGAAAAAUCACUCGACUAGUUCCCAUUAUCAUCAGGUUGCUCAUUAUAUAUUAAGAAAAAAAUAUGUGUGUAAAAAAGGAGUAAAUAAAAAUUACCCGAGUAAGA